AUGGCCAACAAGACCUCGCCGGCUGUGAGCUCAAAGGCAACCGGCUCUCCUGUUGCCUCGACUUCGGCAUCCUCGAUCGCCUCUUCCGAGGGCAACUUCGCCCUCCCUCCGCCGCAGCAUGCCACUCCUGCGCAAGCCAACGGCGCGCAAGCAGCAGCAGCAGCCGCCGCCGCCGCCGCCAGGCCCAACCUGCCCGCGAAGAAGCCUACCAUGAGCUCGAGAAUAAGUGGCAUCUUCGGCCGCCGCGAGGACUCUCGGGACAGUUCCAAGGUUAACCUGGCCUCCGAGAAAAUUCCCGAGAAGGUAGUUGAAGGCAAGGUGGCGAACGGCGACGGCCCGACCAGCUCGCCCAAACCAGAGCCGCGUCGUCAACCCUCCACGAAAGAGACGAAGCCUGGUAACAUGGUGGAUCGCUCCAAGAGCAAUGCUGAGAAGAAGAAGGAGCAGCAGCAGGCCGCCAACGUCUCCAAACGUUUCAAGCACCUCGAGGAUGCCGGCCACGAGCACCAGCUCAGAGUCCAGAGGCGCGAAGAGAAGCUCAAGGAUAUGUUCCAGAACCUGAUGCUCGGGAAGAAGAAAGAAGCGAACCCCGAUGAGCAACCUCUGAGUCUGAUGUCGGGUUGGGUUGAUCAACUACGCAACGACAAAGAGAAGUUCAACAUCGACCACAAGGCCGGUGCUAGCUCUUCCAUGACGCUGGUGCAGAAAUACGGAAAGUGUCAGGAAAUUAUCGGACGCGGCGCGUUCGGUAUUGUCAAGAUAGCCCAUAAGCCAGACGCGAAGGACCCCAAGCGCGAGCAGUUGUUUGCCGUCAAAGAAUUCAAGCAGCGCCCCGGUGAAUCUGACAAGAAGUACAACAAGCGCCUGACGUCCGAGUUCUGCAUUUCCUCUUCCAUGCACCAUCCCAACAUCAUCAAUACGCUCGAUCUCAUCCAGGACGAGAAGGGUGAGUUCUGCGAGGUCAUGGAGUACUGCGCCGGUGGAGACCUUUACACUCUCAUCCUCGCGGCUGGCCAACUCGAGGUCGUCGAGGCCGAUUGCUUCUUCAAGCAGCUCAUGCGCGGCGUCGACUACCUCCACGGUAUGGGUGUCGCCCACCGUGACCUGAAGCCUGAGAAUCUCCUCCUCACUUCUCACGGAGCAAUCAAAAUCACCGACUUUGGCAAUGGCGAGUGCUUCCGUAUGGCCUGGGAAGAGGAAGCUCAUAUGACUGCGGGUAUCUGCGGUUCCGCCCCCUACAUUGCGCCGGAGGAGUACGUUGAUGAAGAAUUCGACCCCCGAGCUGUUGACGUCUGGGCCUGUGGCGUCAUUUACAUGGCCAUGAGAACCGGGCGCCAUCUUUGGCGAGUCGCAAAGAAGGGCGAGGAUGAAUUUUACACCAAAUAUCUCGAGGAUCGCAAAGAGGAAUCCGGUUACAGGCCUAUCGAGGUGCUCCGUCGUAAGAGGUCAACCGGUCGGAAUGGGUUGACCAAAUACGUCUCUGCAGGGCCGGAGACGAAGGAUUCUAAUGAACUUGGGUGGGAUAUUUGGGAUUUUGGCGUUGGCAGACCGCUCACUUGCGAUGACGAUAAUGCUCUUCUCCUGCCGUCCAGGGAGAUCAACUACAUCACCCACACUCUACCGCAGCAAUGCCUAAAGUCACGCCCGCCACCGCCGCCCGCUUCUGCGACCGCCGCGAACGAUACCGUGUCCGGUGACGGUGGCCCCUCAGCUCCAGUGUCCGCCCCAACGGGCCGUGAUGCUGCUGGCCAGACGGGAAAUGAGACCGUUUCGAGCGCCACCUCCGGCGCGCAGUCGCCCGGCAGCUCUGGCGAAACGGCCACUGUCUCUGCCACAGGAUCGCAAAGCGCAGCAGGCACUGCGCAGCCGUCCACCGAAGCUGUCCACAACCCAGCCGAGCGGGAGGAGGCCGAAGCCGAAGCUGAGACCGAUUCACCGCUGGACAACGCCAACUUUCUGUCUUUCGAAGAGUGGAAGAAGCAGAAUCUGGCAAAGGCUGGACAGUCGCCGGAGAACGUGGGCCAAGGGCGCGGGACUGCUGGCGCCCAGGGACGGAAGCCGAGGCCGGUUAACAUCAACAGCGAGUUGGACUUUCUUGGAGAGGACACGGAGAUCGAGCUGGACUUUGGAUUUGGCAACAAAGCUGACCGUACGGCAGCCGUUUCGGCCUCGGGCCAGCAGGCGAAGGAGACGGCUGGGGACGAUGCCGCCGGCGAGCUGUCGCACCGGCCACGCAGCAAGGACGCCGGGAAGACGUGUAAAGAGCGCUUCAACUACGCCUCCUUCGACUGUGCCGCCACGGUGCUCAAGACAAACUCGCAGUGCAAGAGCUCGUCGUCCCUCCUGGUCGAGAACAAGGAUAGCUACAUGCUCAAUGAAUGUGGUGCCGAGAACAAAUUCGUCAUUGUUGAGCUUUGCGACGACAUUCUGGUCGACACCGUUGUUCUUGCCAACUUCGAGUUUUUCAGUUCCAUGUUCCGCACCUUCAGAGUCAGCGUGUCCGAUCGUUACCCGGUGAAGCUGGAACGCUGGAAAGAGCUUGGCACCUUUGAGGCCAGAAAUAGCCGCGACAUUCAGGCAUUCCUUGUUGAGAAUCCGCUAAUUUGGGCUCGUUACCUCAGGAUCGAAUUCCUUUCGCAUUUUGGCAACGAGUUCUACUGUCCUGUGUCACUUCUCAGGGUGCACGGCACGACCAUGAUGGAAGAGUUCCGCCACCAAGAAGAGGCGGCCCGCGGAGAGGAAGAUUUAGAUGAAGUUAUUGAGAGCGAGAGCCAAGCCCUUCCCGCAAUUCAACCGAAUGCACAAGAGCAAGUACCUGUUGAGAUACCUGCUGCUGAGCCACCAAAGGAAGCCGACCCGGCUGCACCUGCGGAUGCAACGCCUGGGGGCGCUGAAGAUUCAACACAAUCUGAAGCGGCCAAUCAAGGCGUUGAUGGUUCUCCCACAGCUGAUGAUCGACCCACUCCCAAGGACAGUACUACGUCUGUUGUGCCGGACGGUAGCACGAGUCAAACUAACUCGCAGCCCGUCUCGUCCGUCACACCACCAGGCCGCCCAGACUCGGCGGAUCAGCCGUCCAGCAACGUCACCCAAGCGUCGCAUAAUCAAACCGACGUUGAACAGCCCAAACAUGCAUCGACGUCGACGGACGGCCCGCGAGUAGACGCGGGAGAUUCGGCUAGUUCCAGCCAAAAUGCCACGAACGCGUCCACCAUUGCUUCGUCCGACGGGGACCAGAAGAACUCUCCACCUCCCAAGGAUGGAUCAAACGUGGCAGCAAAUGGCACGUCGACGAGAUCCAUCCAAUCUGGCGAGGGGACCAAGGCUUCGGCCACGCAGCCACCAAAUACGACGCCCACGACUCAGGAGAGCUUUUUCAAGUCGAUCCACAAGCGGCUGCAGAUGUUGGAGUCCAAUUCGACGCUGUCGCUGCAGUACAUUGAAGAUCAGUCGCGCAUUCUCAGGGAUGCGUUCACCAAGGUGGAAAAGCGACAGCUGGGAAAGACGGAGAAGUUUUUGGAUCAGCUGAACAGCACGGUCAUGGCAGAACUAAGGGAAUUUGUGAGUGUCUCGUCCACGUGCAGCGCACUUACGGCCGCUAACGCACUGCAGAGGCAGCAGUACGACCAGCUCUGGCAGUCGACGGUGAUUGAGUUGGAGAACCGCCGCGAGCAGCACCAGCGCGAGAUGCUGGCCAUCAGCACGCGCCUGACGCUCCUUGCAGAUGAACUGGUGUUUCAGAAGCGGAUGGCGGUGGUGCAAUCAACGCUGAUUCUCCUGUGCCUGGGCCUCGUGCUUUUCGUGCGGUCGGGAAGCAGCUACCUGGAGCUGCCGCUGGUACAGCAGAUGAUGCAGAAGUCCCAAACGGCGCUGCGCCUGCAGUUCGACAGCCCGGCCAGCAGUCCCCCUCCCAGUUACCGGCGCCACGGCCAUUCGUCGUCGACCGAGGAGCGUAAGCGGUUCCGGUUCUUCGGCUCGAGCAGCGGGAACUUGUCAGACGCGUCGACGGACGGGGCGCGCAGCCCAGCGUUGGAGUUCUCGCCGCCGACGCCGACGUCGGACGCGGAGGGCGAGAUGUUGUCUGGCGAGCAGAGCCCGGAGCCGCUGCGCAAGACGCACAGCAGCCCGUCGACGCCCAGGGGCUUCCGGGACGGCAGCAAGCUCAACUGGGAGCAGGCGAGCGAGGCGAAGGUGCUCGGAGUGGGCGACGGGCAGACUUUAAUGAGGCGGAGAAGUCCGCUCCGGCGCGGCGAGAGCGCUGGCGACCUUUACGAAGGGUCGCAGGCGGAGCACAAAGAGAGCGGCAAGGCUGGCGGCGCAGAUCCCAAUCAGCCUGGAGAUUCGGGUGGGUCGGCGUCAGAUUCUGACGACUGUCUCGGAUAUAUAUGA